AUGGGUUGCCUUAGCACUUGCAUCAACAAACAAUACCUUUUCGUGUUUUCUUUUUAUUAUCCUUACAAAUCAAUAAUUUUCAAACAUCUCCGAUAAAGAUAAAAUUAAUAAAAUCACAGUUAAAACAUUUUGUUUACAUUUCUUGUUUUCAACUACGCGCACCAAAAGGAAAUAAUAUCUGUCACGUGAUUACAAAAUGGAGGACAAAGAUUUGUCAGUAGUCUGAAAACGGAGCUGUUUACAAAGAGUCACCAACAAGGAUAUAAAUGAGCGCCCAGGACGGAUCUAUUAAGAAUUGAUAAUUAAUGUAUGCUAUGAUAAAUUUGUAACUAUGUCUGAAUUAGAAGCCACGGACUCCGAAACGUAUAUAAAAGAAUGGUUUGUGGACAUUCUCCAUCAAUUUCCUCAUGUGGAUUUUUCGUUCAAAACAGUCAACUCUACAUUUAAGCCAGACAGUAUCAGUUACAGAGAGGCAGUAUUUUUCCUAUGCUCCCUACCCGUGAUAUGGUGUGUGAUUUUUCUUCUGCUCACCUCAUGUUGCCUCUGUCUACAAUGUAUCAGGAAGCCGCCACAAAAAACCGACAAAUCAACGUGUCUCAGGGUAUCCCUCUUCAUCAUCAUCUUCCUGUCAAUAGGAAUUUUAACUCCUGGUUUCUAUGGCAAUGAACAAACGAGUAAAGGUGUGGGCAAAUUUGUAGAGGCUGUAAAGGAUACCAACGAGACAAUAACAGAAGCGGUAGACACCUUGGGUACACUGAACGACUUGGCUAAAAGCAUCUCAGAGAGGAGUGUACUGGCCCUGGAGAAUGUCAUACGGCAGUACACAAACGAGUCUGUCAGGACAUCACUGGAAUCUCUCACCAACGACAUCACAGAAGCCGCAAAGAAAGCAAGAGGUGAUGUGGCCUCGAUCAGACUAGCCACACCCAAUAUAACCCUGUAUUAUAUAGUACAGGAUACGACAGACUACGAAUUUUACAGAUGGAUUGGAACUGUUGUAGCUCUGUGCUUCACUCUGGGAGUCCUACUUCUGAUCCUUAUAGCUAUAUGGCAGAAAUCAAAAUGUAUUGUUAUGUUAUCUAUAUUUAUUGGGUUCCUGACUUUGCUUGUGAUUUGGGGCUCUGCUGGAUUUUAUCUAGGGGGGACUGUGGCUGGUGCUGACCUUUGUUACGAUCCAGAUCUGUUUGUGGAAAACGUAACCUCACAGAAGGUAGACAGAGCCAUUGUGAAAGCCUAUAUUGAAUGUCCACUUGGAUCCACCGACCCAGACAUGUUCUCACAGAACAUCAAAAUGGCCAGAGAUGCUGUCACACAAGCAAAUAAUACGCUGUACAAAAUAAAGGCUAUAGUGAAACCAUUCAACAUUCCUCAGCUAAUGGAGCCGAUGCGAAGGGUUGCAGAGGAGCUAGAGUAUUGUUCCGGUAACAUCACAGUGUUAGCCGAGGACUUAGACUGUCGCGAGAUACACAAGAACUACAUCCAGGCUGUUCAAGGCAUCUGUAACACUUCUAUGCUUGGUCUGGUGUUUAUCCUGCUGUGUCUGCCAGUGUCCGGACUGAUGUUCAUCCUCACCAUGUGUCUGCUUCCGAGGUUCUGGAGACUCAUCGGCAAGAAGCGCGGCUAUCGACCUGUGGAUGACGCUGACCCCUUCUGUCCUCGACCUCCACCUUACAAUGGGUAUGGCAGUAUACACCCGGACAUCGGGUCAUCCAACAGUUUUCCUAACGACCGCUCAUACAGUUUGAACCCUGGUCCAGAAAGUGAGGUACUUCCUAUGCACGGACCUUUGGCCGAGACGCCUCCACCUGCAUAUCGGCCGACAGGAACCUUUGUAGAGAACUACAACUUUGGCCCAAGUCGAUCUCGCUACUCCAGUGAGACCUAGUGACAAAUGGUGGAAACUAGAAGGGACAUAGUCAGUAUGUCAGUGUCAGGAUCUCAAUAUAUACCAACGAAACAAACAAAAAAAGAAACAAAAAAAAAGAAAAGACCGGAAAUGAUUAUAAACUGUUUUAACAGACAAUUGAAAUGUUCAAGUUGCUCAACCUACAGUUUCGUCUUCAUGGUUACAAAUCAUCAAUGUUUUAUACACCGAACAUUUUUGCAUUGGUAAGUGGCUUUUCUUUGUCGAAGGAAGCUGUUGGAAUACUAUCUGUGAAAAUGGGAAUUUACAAAAUCGCAUGGUUUAGAUUGGAAUAGAUAUGUUCUUUGAAUUUUAUUAUACACCAAUAACAAUUUUUCUCUCAAAAUAACCCCUUGGGAAUAUGUCAGGUAUUUUAUACGAAAUGAUAUUUUUAUAUAAGUUUAUAAAAUUAUAUGUGCAGUACAGCAAAAUAAACUCCCAGGGAAAAACGAAAAACAUCGGAGAGUCGUACAAUAUGACCAUAGUUUUACGUUACUGCAGCAGGACUUUCGUUUUCCUGAUACUUUGUAUUGACUGCAGCAGAACUUUCAUUUUCCUGUAACAUUGUAUUGAGUGUUGAAAAUGAUCAGUAUAAUCUAUAUGGCAUGCUUUUCUACCUAUGAAUUACAUAAUACUCAUGACAAUAUAUAUUGUAUAUAUGGUGGGGAAUAUGUUUCGGAAAAGUUAAUCCCAAUUUCUUAAGUAAGCCAUACCAUAUCUUUAUUUCCAACUCACGUUGAUGGUACAUGUACACGUAGUACAAGUUGUUUAUAUGUAAUAUUGUUCUAUUUUAAGUAACAAUAUUUUAUAUACUUUUUAACCAGACACCUUUUAGACUAAAUAGUUUUCAAAAAUUUGAAACGAAUCGAUUGUUCUCCAUGUGUUACUUAUUGUCGUUUUAGAAAGAAAACAAAUGUGUUGUAAAUAAAUUUUGGUACUCUAACCGCCCUUCUACUCCAGCUUCUAUAAGAAAUGUGAUCUUCUUAAAAAAAAUAAUUUCAAAAAAUAAUUUCUGUUUAAAUUUUGCUCUCUUUGUAAUGCCUUGAACAUGACCAUUAUCAAUGUAUAUAUAAUAUUGACAGUGUUUCCCAGUGAGAAAUCAACAUUAAAGGGAAUAUUAUUUUGAUUAUAAAAUCUUUCCCAAUGCACAGCAUAAUUUAUACAUGUACUGGGAAAAAGAUUUGUUUUCACCUUGACAUAACAAUAUUUAAGACUAGAAAGAUGGUCAGUUUCAGGUGAAAUGUCAUGUAAUGAUUUAACACUAUGUAAAAUUACAAACUUACUCAAACGAAGCCAGGCAUAUCAUUUAGCGGUUAUAGCUCUAUGGCAUUUAAAAUUUACAACUUGCAGUCCAUAUGUAUUGUAAUUAUACAGUAAACUGAGUAUUUCUGGUGAAGUAUUACAUCAUGAAUGAUUUGAAAUAUUAAAUAUCAUCUAUGCAAUUCAGAUGGAUUUCGUAUCCAGGUGUAUUUUAUAAAACCGAGUCUACUAUAUCAUAUCUGGUGGAAAAUGAGAAUUAUUUCAAAGACAUAACUAACUAUUAUAUUAUUGAGAUAUAUAAACUACAACAACAUUAUCUUUGAUAUUGUUAACAACUGCAUAUGAUUUUCGAAUGUUUUUUUUUUUUUUUUUUAUUUUCUUAAGAAAUUAUAUGGAAGUAAAUGAAUAGUUAACUGGAUUUAAAGAGGCAUACAAGGUUUCUUGCUUACCAAUGUAAAAAAGAGUAUACCUUAACUGUCAUUUUAUUGUGGAAAUUAAGUCUUUGUGGGUGUGUGUAUGUGUUUCAGUAACCAGUACAGAAUUAAAAUAUUAAAUUUUGUGUAUUUAUACAUGCAUUAAUCAUGAUCAUGUCAUUGCAGAAUUGAAGAUUUCUUGUUUUCCGAAGUAAAGAGAGACAAUUGUGCAAUUCCAAUUCAGCCAUAUUUUAUUCCCAUUUAUCUAGACUCGCCGUGUCAGGUUAUAAGGUGAACUUCAGGACGGUAUCAUAAUGUUCUUAUGAUUCUGAAUUAUUCUUAUUUAGACUUUUUACGAUUGUUUUUGUCGGUGAUAAGUGUAAAUAUUGAGAAGGAAUAAGAAGGUAGAGGGAUUGCAUGGGAAAAAAAAUUAAGUAUUAAAAUUUCACAGGCAAAUUUGAACUGUGCUAACUAGUGGUAAAGUAUUGUCAGAAAAUGUAUGAUAUUUUGAAAAUUAAAUGUAAGGAAUGUUAAGUAUACAAUAUUUUUUUACCUAAUAUAAUUACUUACGUUAGAAUGACAUCACAGUAAUUAUAUUAUAAAAUAAUCUAGAUACAUGACUCUAUUACAUUUAUAUAAUUAUUGUAAAUACAAUAUCUAUUUAGGAUAUUUAAAAACAAAAAAAUGAAAUUAUGGAAUAUAAGACUAAAUACUUACAUUAUAAUUGUAAAUAUAGUAGUAUUAAAGAAAUAGAUAAAGACUCUGAAUACAUGUAGGUAUUCAUUUUUAACAUGAUCAUCAAUGCUCAAAGAAACAUUGUACAAAUGUGGGUGUGAGAAGUUGCUUGUGCUGCUGUUAAAAAAGUGAAAAUUUUACUGCUGAAUAGGUGUGUGUAUGUUCUGAGGGGGUGACACAAUUUUUUUUAUCAGAGUUUCAAAAGCAUUACAUGAAUAGAGACUGAACGUAUGAGUGAUGACAGCUAAAAAAAGGUAAAAAAAAUUAGAAGAAAUUAUUAAAUUCAGCUCCAUGUCACUGGGUCAUGUGACCUGUUUUUAAUUGGAUAGAACAUUGAUAAUGUCUUAUCGUAGCUUAUGAAAUAUUUUUUUCUGAAUAUUUAUGUUACAAUUAUAUCCUGGUGAGAAUUGAAACAAAAUAUGACGAAAUAUUAUAAUAUUUGUUUUAAAAGAUAUUGUUAUGUUGAAAUUUCAUCUGCUAAAAAAUACUACUAGUAGGUAUACAUGUAUAUAAAAAGCAAAGAUUAUUGUUGUAAUUUUUUAAGAGAUAUUUUAAUAAGAGAGGGUUGUUUAGGUGAUUCCUGAGCUGGUUAUAAACCCUCAGAUAAUGAUCACAAAUGGGAUUUUUCAUGCAGUUUAUUUUUUGUAGAAAUAGAUUAUAUUUGUGUAGGCCGUUUUAUCAGCUUGUUAUAAUUAGCUUAUAUUGUGCCAUUAAGAUCAGUGCUUCCCUGUUAAAACAGGUUUCUGUGUCUCAAAAUAAAUAGAUUUUUAUAUUUUCUUCUUUGAAUGGUCAUUAUACAAAGCGUUGGACUUCAGUUUUUUAAAACGAUAAAAAUUAUUUGGUUUUUAAAUUGUUUGUUGUGUGAAUGUUUCCACGGUUACCCAAGUCUGAUUAUCACUUUAGUUAUCCUCCCACCAUUCUCUGUCAGGUCAAGGUCAUGUGGGUCAUAUGAGUCAAGGUCAUGUGGGUCAUAUGAGGUCAAGGUCAGCUUUGAAGAAAAUAUGAUUGGGUGUCAAAAUCAUAUACAUUGAUUUGACCUUUGAUCUCUGGUGAGGCAAAGUUUGGAAAUUGAAGUAUAUAUACAUCGUAUACAGAUCUUGACUGUGACCUUGAAAUUUUAAUGUGUAAAUGAAAAUUAAAAGGUGGGAGUGACUUUGAUAACAAAGGUAGCUAAAUCACAGAACAUUUUACAUGUGUAACCAUAUUUUCAUGUAGAAAAUAUGGAAAGCUGUUAUCAUUGAAACAUCCAAUUCAUUGUUUUUGGAUAUUCAUUGUAUGUGACCAUUGAAAAAGAGGAUAUUUUCAUCAUUUAUAAACAACUUCAUUUGUGUCUAUUGGAAUCCAAAUGUUACAGAGUUAAAACACCUUGUUUUAUAAUCCAUGUAUAUACAUAAUUCUAUUUAACUGUUUUAUGUUUUUCAUUCUUACCUAAUCACAGUCAUAAUAUGCUCAUCGGGCCUUGGUACAAACUCUUUACCCAAGUUGUAUGUAAUUAUAUAAAUGAUGCAGACAUGGACUGUGGGUUGAGGAUUGGUGCCGAGUUACUGUGAAUAUGUUGGUUACUCCUUCUUUUGUCAUGGGAGAUAACCACCCUUCCCCCUCCCCUUAUCAGGGGAGGUAACUGUGGAUAACCCUUAAUCAUCAGGGGAGGUAAUUGUGGUUACCAACUAUCAUCAGGGGAGGUAACUGUGGAUAACCCUUAAUCAUCAGGGGAGGUAACUGUGGGUACUCAUUAUUCAUAAGUUCAUUGAGAAUGUUUUGCAGGCCAGUUCAUUAUAAUGUUAAAUGCUUGACAAGAGAAAUGGUUGAUGCUAAUUUGUCGACAAAUUAUCUACAGCAUAAUGGAAAAGAGGCACAGGGGCUUGUAGUUAUACAACAGUAUAUCUAUUAAAAGAUACAAAGGUAAGAAAGAAAGAAGACCCUGUGAUAAUAAAGUGUAAAAACUGAACCAACUAGUACACCAAUCGUGUCAUGGAUUCUAAUUACAAAUACAUGUAUGCAUAAGAUGGCAGCUCAGAUCCUUGACCCCAGUUGAAAAUCGCAUUUGCUUUACAUGUAAAUCAGCUAAAUUGCGAUUUUCACCAGAGGCCAAGGAGAAGGCUCUUAGAGAUACAGAUUUAGAAUAUUGUAUUACGAUAGUCAAAUAAGGUAUUGUCACACCCUUAUCAUUCGCGUUAGAUGCCUUUCUUUCUUCCUGUACUGGAAGAUUUUUUUAUAGCAUUGUUAAACCAGAAUAUUUUUGUUUGUUACCUAACAUAUGUUACGAUUAUAGUUAUUUUAUCGUAUUACACAAAGUGUGUUAAAUUUACCUUUGUUACCAAUGCCUGUAGGUACUUGCCAUUGUGUGUUACAAGUAUGUCAAAUAUAUUGUCUUGUAGGGGAGGUGAUUUGUACUGACACAAUCUGCAUUAUUUAAUAAGAUUAUGUAUGAUAGAACAUUUCUGGAUCAGUAAGAUUUAUCUCGGAAAUUCUGAAUACUUUCUUUCACGUCAAAAUAUAGAAAAUUACAGGUAAGAACUCUUGAAUAUUUAAAAAACAACUUUAGUUGAAUAUAUAAAUAUUUGUGCAAUAAAAAAAUAUUAUGAUAGAAGACCUAGAAAAAUGGAAAACCUCUGAACAUUGUGUAAAAUGAAAACCACUUUUCUUAAAAUAAUUUACUCGUUGGAAAAAGGCCAUUCAGUCGAAGGUUUCAAGGUUGGUGUUGUACGUUUGAAGGGGACCGUGUGUGGUAUGUAUUGUAAGGGUGGGUUAAGGGUGGGCUAGGGGAAUGGGUACGGAGGGGUUCAUGUUGGAGGAUGGUGAAGAGCUAUUUCGUACAGUACCUUUGUUUACCAAUAGAGAUUUGCUUGGUUUUGCAUUGUAUACACGUUUCUUGACAUUUUUGUAUCAUAUUUUUUGUUGUCAUUUCCCAUUUAGUUUUAUUGUGCAUGUUAUUUUUGUUUUUUAUCUAAAUUCGUAGAAUUUUAUAAAGUGUUGGUUGUGAAUGUAUUGUUUUCUUGGCUACCUGAAGCAUUAUCUUUGCAUACCGGUAUAUGUAAGUUUGAACUUUUUUGCCAGGGUUUGUCAAGGGCAGAAUCUUGUCAAAUGAAAUUUAAUUAUCUAAAUGAUACUUCAAGUCCAAUUUUUAGCCCACCAUCUCUUGUUUUAAUUCAGUGUUUGAAAAAUUGUAUACCGAAAUAUGAAUAUUGCAUGAAGGCAUUUGAUGCAAAUGGACCCAGUGUAUCGCUCAUUAAUAUCAGAAGUCCCAUCUCCACCAAUCAAGCACAGCCUUAUAGUAAUCCAGGACAAAAGGUGUCUCGGAAGGUAUUGUCAAUUCUCAUUGGAUAGUUUUGAACAAACUGUUCCUUUUCAAAUUUGAGGAGCUCCAUGAAUUUUGAGGGUGUACGCUAUAUUCUAGUAUAUUUACCAUUCAUAAUAUCACCAUUCACAUAGAGAAGCGUAUAACCAGAAUGGAUUUUAUCUUUUAUUUCAAGUCGUGUCUUUUGAUACAGUAGUUACCUAGACAAGGUUAAACAUUCCACCCUAUAUAGUUAUGCAGCUUCUCCUAUUUAAAUAUUCUUAUUAGAUUAUAUUUGAUCAAUUUCAACAAAACAAGAUGAACUCGGUCUUUCGCAGGUCAAAGUAAUUUACUAGAAAAAUCUGAUGAGCCAAUUUGGACUAGAGCGGAGUCUUGCUUCUAGAUAAAAUUCUGGCAUCAAUCGAGACAUUCAGAGAAAGUGAAAUUUGAAAAUGUGAUGUAAUAUUUUAAUAUGAUAUAUGACAGUAUAUUGGCCAGAUAUGCCGAAUAAAUCAGCUUGAGUUUUAUAACUUACAGAUUAUAUUGGUAGAUAAUGACUUAUGAUAAUUAAGUAGUGUCAAUGUUGUCCCUGUUUGAGAACGCCUAGGUUGUAAAUUAUACCGGUAUAUGAGGAGACUUGUUUUUACUUUGUAUCCUGCAUGCAUUUUAUGUUAUAUUUCUUUGUUGUCAGUUUUAAAAAUAUUAUUUGUAUAAUUAAUCCAAUUUGAAAUUAUUUUAAGCUAAUAUUUUGUUGAUUUUAUUCUUUAAGUUGAAAGUACAUUAUUUUGCUUUUCUUGAAUGAAAUAUUUACUUUAAACAUUUUUAUACAGUAUCAGAAAAAUCCUAAAUAUAUUCAACAUUUAAAAUAGUCAACCAUUGCCAAAACAAUAAUUUUGAUAAUAUGAUCUGCAAAGGGAAAUUUUAUUCAAUAUUACGUUUUAGAUACAGGGCGGGGAUUUCGAAGUAUCGAAGUAAAAAUUUGAUUGAUCAAUCAGUUUAGUCAAAUAGCUCAAAGUAUCUUUCCACAAUUGUUUUCUUAGAUUUAUGAUGAAUGAUUGUUUGAAUUUUUGGAGAUUUUUUUCAGAUAUAAUUAUCGAUAAGUGAUUUUCAUAAAUUGUCAAUCGUUUUUUAAAAUGAAAAGUUGAAAUCAAUAAGACUUCUUUAACAAUUGAAGAUUAUCCUAUUAUGAUAGAAAAACUACUGUGAAAUCAAACUCAUUUUCUUGUAAAUAGUGUUACAAAAAUGUCCAGGUAUCUCCACUAUUUUGCAUGACUAUAGUUUUUCGAAGUUAUGUCAAUGUGUGCUUUUAAUAUCACAAAUUUAUCACAUGCAAGGGCGUCAAAGAAUUCACAAACUCUGACAUUUGAUGAUUGUUUCACAAAUUUCAGUUUGAUUUUUCUGAGUGCAGGUUAUGAUUCCAUUGUACUGGACUUGUGUAAUAUGUAUGUACAAUGUAUAUGUAAAAAAAAACAUUUAUCAUCUAAUCACUUCACUGCUGGCGGUCUCAUAUUCAUUCUUUGUCUUUCAUUUUGUGUCUUUAAAGCCAUUUUAGUUAUGCAAAGUACUGUAAACCAACUUAUUUUCGCGUAUUUAUGCCUAGCAACUUUUUCGAGGGAUUUAAUUUCCCAAUUUACAGUCAUCAAAGACCUAAUUUCGCAUUUUUAUGCCUAUCGACUUUUUUUGCGUCGGUUAACUUUCACAAGUUAGAGUCAUAAAAGACCUGCUGUACCUCGGAUUGAUAUAUUUAGCAGUGAUUAAUUUUCACAAAUUUAAUAGCCCGCAAAAUACGUGAAAAUUAGUUGCCCACGAAAAUAAGUUGGUUUGAAGUAUUGCCCACGAAAAUAAGUUGGUUUGAAGUAUUAACAGUUGCUAGAUUUCUAAUGUUCUAUUAUACUUUUAGGAUGUAAAAUAUCCGAAGGAUCCAAGUGAUUUACCUUUUCUUUACAAAAAUUGCGCACAAAAUCAAAUUUCCUCUGGACACCUAGGAUGAUCUUGGCUAAGUUUGAAGGUCACAUGCAAGAAUUUGGUGUUAAUAAAACAGAAUUUAAAAAAAAAAAUUCUUUGAGAAGGUAUCAAAAUGUUUCGUUAUUGUCACGUUAUAGCAGUACUUUCCAGAAGCUAUAAUUAUUAGUUUGCCCACCUCUCUUCACCAUAAGUGUCAGCUUGCAUAAUUAUAGAUUAAUUAUAAAGUACUGCAGAACCUCAUUAAUUAGGACCACUUUUCCCAAAACAUUACCUUAACAGAAAUUUGGAUGUAAAUCUGUGUAGAAAAAAAAUUAUAUCAGAAAUUUAAAAAACAAUUUUCUAUGUAAAAUUUAAUCUAUUUUAGAAUUUUGUGGUCAGAAUGUAAAUCUUAAGAAAAUAAAUAUUAUUCCAGAAUUCUGUUUGGAAAACAAUGUACCCCAGACUUAAGAGCUUUCUCUGUACUCCUCGUGUUUCAAUAUUACCUUGUAACAUGUUGCAUGCUUUUCAGUUGUACUAUGUUUUAACUGUUUUAAUAUAUCUGAUGUUUUUCUUUGUUUAUUUUGCUAUUUUGAUUUGUUGUCAUUGGUCAACAGGGGAUUAACAAGAAGAAAUAAUAUCAUAUAUCAUUUUAUCCUAUGUCCACCAAAGAAUGUCAUAAAUACAUGAAAUAUUUUCUUUACAUUUUGUGAAAAUAAACAAAAUAUUGUAUAAGUAAA